AUGGAAGAGUACAUGCAGGACAAAGACUUGAUGCAGAAGGUGAACAUGCUGGGCUCUAUGAGCGGGCAGAUGCAGCAGACCAUGGUGAUGCAGAUGGUGCAGCAGGACCAGCGAGUUCUAGAGCUCUUCUUGGCGAUGCAGGGCAUGGACAUCAGCACCAUGAGCCCCGAGGACAUGGAGCGACCCGAGCCCGCGGCCCCAAAGAAGGAGCCGCCCAAGAAGGAAGAGAAGGCUCCAGAGGACAACAGAACCCCUGAGCAGAAGGAGGCUGAUGAAUGGAAGAACAAAGGCAAUGAGCUGUACAAGAAGAAGCAGUUCAAGGAAGCACUUGAGAUGUAUGACAAGGUGCCGCCGUGGGCCAUGUUCUUGUGA